AUGGCAUGUCUUGAUUAUACUGUCGUGGGUGACGGCCACAUUUCGCUCCGUCUCAAGCACGGCAUUCACACCAUCUACCUCUUCGCAGAUGCACAGGCAUCCAUGUCCGACAUCACCAAGGAGCUGCUAGAACUUCUGAGCGAGCGAUAUCCGAACGGCCUCACCACAGCUACAGCGCCGCCCAAAACUACACCAAUCCCUCCGAGUCCCAAAGUAGUCUAUGGACUUCUCAACGUGCCAAACGACCCCUCCAGAGGGUGGAGGAGGGUCAAGACAGGCGAGGAUGAAAGCAGCACGCCAACAACCUGUGGACUCGAGAACAAUAGCAUAGUGUCCUUCACCUUUGUUUCGGACCUCGAGGAUGAGGACGUUGUAUUCGAGGUGGAAUGGCCCAAGGACGACGACGAAUUGUACGACCAAGCAGUGUGA